AUGGUGUCCCCAUUGGCUGUGGAGGAUGAGAUUCGGAAGCUCGAGAAGUCAAUGAUGGACAUUUCUGUUCAACGGUCAGAGCUUGCUGCCCAGGAGCACGAGGCCCAAACAAGGGAGAAGCAGCUGGCCACCCGGGCUGCCCAACUCGAAGCCAAGUUGGGCAGCAAAACAGAUGAGACAACUCUGGAACAAAUGUGCGAGCGAAUCCGCGUGGAAUGCUUUCAAGAGAUGGAGAGUUGUGAGCUGGCGACUGCAGUAGCCCAACAGAGGGCGGCUUCGCACUCUUUGAAGAGGUUUGCGCACUUCGAUCUAAAGGACAAGAGCCUCAAGGAUCGGCAGAGCACACAUUGA